AUGUCAGGCGUGUUCGGCAGGGUGUUCCGGAAGUCCAAGGAGCAGAGCCAGGCCACCGCGCUGGCCUCGCUCGACAAGCUCAACGAGACACUUGAAAUGUUGGAAAAAAAGGAAAACUUGCUAGUGAAAAAGGCCAAUCUUGAGGUCGAGAAGGCCAAGAAUUUUACCAAAGCCAAGAAUAAAAGAGCCGCAAUACAGUGCUUGAAGAGGAAGAGGCUAUACGAGCAGCAGAUUGAGCAGAUUGGAAAUUUCCAGCUCAGGAUACAUGAUCAGAUGAUUAUGCUGGAAGCCGCAAAAGCUACAACAGAGACCGUGGAUGCAUUGAGAACUGGAGCAUCGGCAAUGAAAGCUAUGCAUAAAUCAACAAAUAUUGAUGAUGUUGAUAAAACCAUGGAUGAAAUCAAUGACAAUACGGAGAACAUGAGACAAAUUCAGGAUCUGUUGUCAGCGCCUAUGGGAGCAGCAGCUGAUUUUGAUGAGGAUGAACUGGAAGCUGAACUUGCGGAUCUGGAGGGGGAGGAGUUGGAGGCAGAGCUGCUUGCACCUACCACAACAGCUCCGUCCACAGCUCCAGUGCGUGUACCUACUGCUCAGCAGUCCACUAGGCCAUCUGCCCAGAGUAGCAAAGCUGAAGAUGACGAGCUGGCAGCUCUACAAGCAGAAAUGGCUAUGUAA